AUGGAUCAUUUCCCCGGAACCUGGGGUCGUCCCAGAGACGACAUCUACGGAUCUUAUGACCACUCGUACUUGCAGUCGACCGGACCUAAAAACCAUACACAGUCCCCAGCAGUGACGGGAACAUCAGUCAUUGCCCUGAAGUUUAAUGGAGGUGUUGCGAUGGCCACAGACAAUCUAGCGUCUUAUGGAUCCCUCGCUCGAUUUACUGAUGUCAACCGUAUCCGCGUUUUCGACCAGUCGGCUCUUGUUGGCUUUGGCGGUGAUGUGUCAGACAUGCAGCACAUCGACCGUUUACUGGGCGCUAUCCAGAUACGAGAGAACUACUCGGCCACUGGUAGCACACUUAAUGCUAAGAACCUACACACCUACCUAUCUAAAGUUUUCUACAAACGCCGGUCCGAGAUGAACCCAUUGUGGAAUCACGUGCUAGUCGCAGGCUUCGAUGGCGAUGGCAACCCGUUCCUUAGUUCUGCCGACCUGCUGGGAACUACCUUCUCCGCGCCUCACCUUGCGACCGGAUUCGGUGCUCAUUUAGCCAUCCCGAUUCUUCGUCGUCUAUUUCCGGAAGAAACGCCGAUCGAGAAUAUCUCAAAGGAGCAGGCCAUCUCGGCUCUGAAGGAUUGCAUGAAGGUGUUGUUUUACAGAGAUGCACGGAGCAUGGAUCAAUACACGCUUGCAGUCAUCACACACGAUGGGGUAGAGAUCAAGGAUAAAGAGAAGCUGGAGUCUCAAAGCUGGGCUUUCGCCGAAACUAUCCGUGGAUAUGGCACACAAGUGAACUAA